ACAGACACGUGGGACUGUGCCUGACUUCUAAUCUUUCUUGAUUAAAUAUUUUCAGUUUUAAAACUUCCCAGAUUAAAAGGCCAUCUUUGGGUGCAUUGCUAAGUAGAGGUAAGUGUUCAGUGAGUUUGCUACAGUUGAUAAUUACAGUCGCAGCGGUGGGGAGAUGAUCCCCAGCCCAGGGACAACCGACUCAAAGCCGUGCUGUGUGGCGCAGUGUGAAAGCCGGCCUCCAGUCUCUGUUCGAGCCCUUCUCCCCUCUCCCUGGUCCCAGGAGUCUAAGUGGUUGAAGUCAGAGAUUUCAGGAUGAGCCAAGCGGGGUUGGAACACUCCUCAUUUCGUGCUUAAUCUGGGAACAAGAUUUCUACCAAGUUAGUUCUGCCAUUUCUAUCAUAGUGAUGCCAAUGAUACUCACUAAGUUCAUUUCGAGGGUAAGUGAGACAUACAGUCAUGGGUUUGGUGCAAAUACUAAAUAUGCAGCAAAUGCAAGACCCCGCAGUUGUUACUGGUUGUCAUGUUAAUAAAGUUUCAGUUCCAGAAAGAGGUGGAGACACACGUGUCCUUGGGCUCCAUCACCUACUUUUCUGCUCCCUAUGAUUGAUACCCUGCCUCCCAGGAGGCUCAGAGCUUCACUUCCUGAUUGCAGAGGAAGAGUGGGGUACGGUGGCUUUGGGGAGGCCUCCUGAUGAGGGGGUAGCGCCUGCUUCAGUGGGGCUGGGGCACAACCUGUAAAAGAGACAGCUCAUCCCAGAGUGACACCAAUGAAUCCACAUUCAGCAAAGACAGCUUCCAGCUCGGCAGACACAUUUUUACGGUGGAGCCAUCUCCAGGGCUCCUGAAGCUUCUUAAUCAGAUGUUGGUAUGCAAAUGAGUAGAAACAAUAACAAGGAAAGAUGCUCCGUGUGGUGACAGCACCCCUGGCGAAGGACUAUAAAUGCCUCUCUGUGUAAGAUCUUUCCAAGUCAGACACACUGAGUUUGUAACUCCUCAGCAAGGUUAGCACGAGCAUGGAGAACAGCUGUUGUCCUGGAAACAACAUGGCUGCUCCAGCUGUGCCUACUGCUACCUUGUGCCCGAGAGGCGGCAGAGUCCGAAAUGUUAUCUGUCUGCCCAGUUCCUGCCAGAGCAGGACGUGGCAACUGGUCACAAGCCAAGAGAACCACCAGCCAUCCAGCAGCGCCCCGAGGAGCUGUGAACCCGCCUCUUGCCAGCCUCCUCACCUGCCUGAUAUGUCCUGUGUGGGUUUCAUUUGCCAACCCAUCUGCUCCGGCAUGGCCUGCGGUCAGCCCGAUGCUGGUCACUCUCCUUGUCCGGCUACCUCCUCUCCACCAUCCUGCUCGGACUCCACUGGUGGUGAGACAAAGUGCUGCGAUGCCAGCUCCUGCCAACAGAGCGCCUGCCAGGAACCUAUCUGUGCCCCUGGGUCAUGUCAGGCAGCGUGUGGCCAAUCUGUGUGCCAUGAAGCUAAAUCCUGUCAGCCGUCCCGCCCAGACGUCACUUCCUGUGCUGAAACGUCCUGCCUACCUGUUCUCUCCGCGGCUAGUCCCUGCCAACCCACCUGCUGCCGAGGAGGUUCAUGGCCCCCCACCGGAGGUGAAGACCAGCCCUACAGUACCACGUGUUACCACCCCAUCGGCUAUGUCUGUGAGCCUUGCCGGUCUGUUCCCUGCAUUCCUGUUUCCUGCCAGCCGCUGACUUGUGUGUUCAGUUCUUGCGGUCCUACUUGCUGGGUGCCCUCUCCCUGUCAAGCGUGUCACUGCCCACCAGCUUCUCCCCGACAUUUCAUCUGCCAGCCAGUGGCCAUCUGUCAGUCCCCCUGCUCUGCAAACAGUCCUUGCAAGCCGGUUUCCUGUGGCACCGCGCAUUCCGGCCAGCCAGCCUGUGGUGGACCCGCUUCUCACGGUUGUGGCCGCAAGUCCCCGUCCUGCCCACCAGCUUGCUGUGUGACAGGUUCAGGCAAAGCAGCCGGCUGGGGCUCCAGCUGCCUCCGGCCGACGUCCCCAAGUCUGUGCAGAGCAACACCCGCGUGCUGACUUCCUGCCAGCCCCUCUGCGAGUCCAGCUGCCAUAAACCCACACUUCGCCGGUGAGCACCCUCGCCCUCCCCCGAAGGAGGGCGUGCUGCAGUCCGAGGCCCAUGGCCAUCCUGGGGUGCCUGCCUCCCCGGGGGCUCUGAAGCUGCCCGCGCACUAAUGGUAUUAGGAUCCGGUCCCCCAUUCUCUCCGGCGCUGACGAGAGAACUCAUCAGCGAAUAGGAGCUCGUUCACAAUGAAGGGAAAUUUUCAGCACACUCGGUGCAGUCUGCACCCUGCCUUUCCUGAUGCUCUCAAUUCAGGUCCCUCCAGCAAAGCCUUCCCUCCAGCUGUGUUUCCACUGGGUGCUGCCCAGUCUCUCCGAAGAUGCCUUUGCUGCCAGCUGCUAAUAGAAACGCACUCACAAAGGACCCUUUGAAUAAUCUAGGAUCUUGUUUUGAGACAAGAUCGAGCUUAUCAGUGCAUGGCCUGUGGAAACCUGAAAAAUUGGAGUGGCAUUUACUUGACUUGUCUCAACAGCUGAGCGUUUCUCUUCCCCCAGAGUUGUGUAAGUCUCAGUGAGUGCUUUGCUUUUAUCUCGAGCUGCUCUGGGACAUAACGUGUGUAGUGUAGAGCAGCAUGGAUUUCUGCAGAGAACCUCAGUGUUUAUAAAUGGAUGUGUCCUGA